AUGGAUCCAGAGUUACAAGCCAUUAGAGAGGCCAGGCUAGCUCAGUUGAAAAGUAAUGGUGGCGGCGCCAAUGGCGAUAGAAGCAGUGGUGGUAAUAACGGUGGAGGUGAUGAUUCUGCUCCGGUAGGCGCAUCUAUUGCAAAUUUCUUGGAGCCGCAAGCUUUAGAAAGGUUGUCUCGAGUGGCAUUAGUUCGUAGAGACAGGGCCCAAGCGGUAGAGACGUACUUGAAGAAGUUGAUUGCUACGAACAAUGUCACGCAUAAAAUCACUGAAACUGAAAUUGUCUCAAUCUUGAAUGGUAUCGCCAAACAGCAAAAUUCGCAAAGUAACGGUAAAAUUAUCUUUGAACGGAAAGAUUUCAGCGAGGACCUGAAUACAUUUGACAAGCAGAACGCUAAGGAUGAUGAGGAUGAGGAUGAUGAUGAUUUCUUUGAUUAG